AUGCGAGCGGUACUGCCGGGGAGGCCCCCAGCCAAGCUCCAGUCGUUCAGCACUGCGUUGUCGGAUGGACUUCGUGUCGUUGCAUACAUCUCCGGCCACGCGCUAGUUAUCCUCGGCGGUCCGCAGACGCUCCUUCAAACCAUUUACGUCGACGAUACCGAAAAGCUCGAAGCUGUAGCCUUUGAUGAGGCCUCCGGGAAGAUUGCUGUGUGUGGAGGACCGAAUGUCUUCAUCUAUCAGCCCUACGGUAUCCAGGGCGAGACUCUAAAGUGGUCUCUUGUCCAUACCUUCCGCGCUGACGAUGACGACGAAUCGGUCUAUACCCUAUCGUGGGGUUCCGCGAACGAGUUGCUUGUGGGCAACUCCCGCCUUGCCCUCUGGUUUAUCUAUGAUGAGCCACGACUAGUUUGGAAAGGAAAGCUUGCGAGUCCAGUGAAAUUCGCGCAUUUUUCUCCCGAUUCGGCCUUAAUAGUGACGGUUGGACGUUAUGACAGACUUGCAAAGGUUUGGAGGCGGCUAGCCUUCGGUGCGGACGAGGUGCGGUUCGAGGUCUCCUAUCUGCCUCAUCCGAAUGUCGUGACCGGAAUUCAUUGGCGAUUGCCCCGCCACCCUGAACAGUCGGUGGAUAAUGUGCUUUACACGCUAUGUGCGGAUAAUAAGAUUCGCGUAUGGGCUGUGACAGACCAUCAUGCAUUAUUCCCAUUGCAAUUUUGGGCGGAAAUUGAUAUGGAUGAAUCAGUUCAGCCUAGAGAUGCAGCCAGCAUGGAUAGGGGGCCACAGAGACGAUAUGGUUUCAUACUGGACAGCCGCGACUUCUGCUCUGCGACUGAGCGGGCCGUGCAAAGAGACACGGGCAACAAGGAGAACCAUGCGUUGGAGCACCUCAUUGAAGUCGCAAAGUCGAGCCCGGAAAUCUGUGUGGUAAUCGACGGUCAAGGCCACAUGUCUGCUUGGGCUUUGGAAGAUGUCGGGUCCAAGGUUAAGACGAACUUGAGUGUCUUCAACAUUCUUCAUGUGGAGGGCUUGGAUUUUGGGUUCAUGUCCAGCCUGUCGGCAAACGAAGACUACGCUCAAAUCUGUGUAUUUCAGAGCAAUACAUCCGACGACAAGCUCAGUAUUGUCAUCCACCACUUUGACGGCCGAAUUGAAUGGUACGACUCUCAGGGCGUCUUGGUCUGGCCACACUGCCCUGUCAAGAAGAUUGUCCGGAAUGCAAUCGGCGAUACACUUGUGUCUCGGACAGACGAGAACAAAGCUAUGAUCUGGAAGCAAAGGAGACGCGAAACCGGGUCCAUGCUGAUCCAUAAGAGUCUGUUGUUAUCUGACGAACACAUCCAUCGAACUUGUGUGGUUGAGAAUGCCAGUCUUCUUGUCAACCUCCACCAUAACGGGGUUACUCUCUGGGAUUUCUCCUCGUACCAUUCCAAAAGAAUCGCGCAUUUGCCGUUUACAUUAUCGAGCAAACCGCUCUGUGUGCUUCCGAUACCCACACCUGAGGCGUCUACCGGUUUCGCCUAUGUAGCGACUAUCGGAGCGGAUAUGCACGGCAUAGCGUGGGAAAUUCAAUGCUUUGGCGAUGGAAAUUUCCGAGGAAAACAAGAACCAGAUUGCAAGCUCCGGAAGUUUUGCGAGUUUGACAUGGGAUUGAAAGAGGACUUGGCUUAUAUUCUACCAGUUGACCCUGCAGGGCCGAAAGCCAAGACUUCUGGAUCCUUUGAUGCAUUUGCUCCUGAUAUUGCACUAUCUUAUACGCACAGCGGAGUUGUAAGGACAUGGAGCGCCAAAGUUGACAGGGUGAAUACGAUGGUUGAGUGGUUGUUGAAGUCGACUGUUGAUACGGGCAUUGUGAAUCCAUCGCUGGCGAGUGGAAGCACUAUCCGCAAAGCCGCCUUGGUCGAUGCGGACCGAACUCAUCUCACUAUCUGGGAUACCAACAAUGCCCAGCUUGAAUUCGAAGAGCAUUUCGCCCAACAUGAUAUCAUUCGAGAUUUGGAUUGGACAUCAACUCCCGACAUGCAGUCUAUCCUGGCUGUUGGAUUUCCUCACAAGGUUGUCCUCUUGUCACAGCUACGCUACGAUUACCUAGACUCACAACCCUCUUGGACUCAAGUUCGGGAAAUUUGGAUUCGAGAUCUCACGCCUCACCCCAUUGGCGACUCUUGCUGGCUCACGAAUGGCCAUUUGGUCAUUGGUGCAGGCAACCAGCUGUUUGUCUACGACAAAGAGAUCGAUGUGGGAGACCGACUUGUCACUGAACUUCGCAUUCCGUCCAAGGGACUGUCAUCUGUUGAUCUUUUCAACGUUGCCAGCCGCUUAAAUGGCCCCUUGCCAGUCUUCCAUCCACAAUUCCUGGCACAAUGCAUCCUUGCUGGCAAGGCCAGCCUGGUGCAUUCUAUUUUGAUGAACCUUCACCGAAAAUUGAAGUUUUACGUCGAGGGAGAUGAAUUGGACGGCUUCCUGAACAUGCCACUGGAGCACUUCUAUGAAGAAGAUAUCUCACUCGCUGGCUCAAAAGAGAUGCGCUCUUCAUAUGUCGAUGCCUCCGUUGAGGAUGAGCUUUCGUCUGUAAUGGACGAAAAAAAUGCGGCCAUUUUGAAUGAAAGCCUUGCCCGAAUCGCGCUACCACAGUUGUCCAGCCAUGAGCAGUUCCGCCUUGUCGAUACUAUCCAGUGUGUUGCGAUGGUAGAAAAGCACAGACGGUCAAUGGACGACAAUGCGGCCCGCUACCUUCUCUUCUUCCGACAGCACAUGUUAAGAAGAAGUCAAGGGAUAGCGAAUAAGGAUAAGGUCUCGUGGAGAGAGAUUGUCUGGGCUUUCCAAAGUGGGAGCCAGGACAUUCUCUCAGAUCUAGUUUCGCGACAGUUCAACGGCAAACUUACUUGGAAGGCUGCUCGAGAAAGUGGCAUCUUUCUGUGGUUGAUCGAUUCAACAGCAUUGAAGGCACAACUCGAGGUCGUUGCUCGAAAUGAGUACACCAAGACAGAGGAGAGGAAUCCUGUUGACUGUACAAUUUACUACCUUGCUCUCGGAAAGAAGAACAUUCUUCAGGGUCUCUGGCGCAUCGCUCAUUGGCACCGUGAACAAGCCGCUACCCAGCGAUUAUUAGCAAAUGACUUCAAGGAACCACGCUGGAAAACAUCUGCACUUAAGAAUGCAUAUGCCUUGCUUGGAAAACGACGGUUUGAAUAUGCUGCCUCAUUCUUCCUUCUCGCCGACCGCCUUCGCGAUGCCGUCAACGUCGUCGCCACCCAAAUGGGAGACAUCCAGCUUGCAAUUGCAAUCGCCCGAGUAUACGAAGGAGAUAAUGGCCCUGUACUCAAGGAAAUAUUGGAAGAGCGAGUUCUACCCACAGCCGCCUCAGAAGGCAACCGGUGGAUGGCGUCAUGGGCCUUCUGGAUGCUGGGAAGACGAGACAUGGCAGUCCGGGCACUAAUCUCGCCAGUCGAGACACUCCUGGCAUCCACACCCGCGUCUCCCGGAAGUCCGGGCCAUGUCACCCUACAAGCCAAAUCCUAUCUCUCCAACGACCCAGCGUUGGUCGUCCUCUACCAACAACUUCGCGAGAAGACUUUACAAACCCUCAAGGGUGCGUCACAAGUACGACCUGUCGAGGAAUGGGAGUUUGUCUUGCGUAACGCCCGCCUCUACGACCGCAUGGGCUGCGAUCUCCUUGCCUUGGACCUGGUUCGCCGCUGGGAGUUCUUGGGCGCGCCACCUACUUCUAAAACACUACAGAACCAACCAGCCCUUGAACUUCACGAGGAUGGAGUUGAUUAUCGGAAACUGCUUCGCCGGCGGAGCAGUCUCGUUGUGGCCGAUAUGCCUGACAAGCAGAAGCCCAAGCCCAAGCCUCCACCGACGAUGUUCCAUGAGCCUGAUGCCAACUCGUUACUAGAUAGCUUUGGAUUCUAG